GUAGUUAAAUGUAAAUAGCAAUGUCUGCUAAAGCUAUUUCUGAGCAGACUGGGAAGGAGUUUCUGUACAAGUACAUCUCUACUUCAGCAGCUAUCCAGAACCGGUUCAAGUAUGCCAGUGUGACAGAGAGUACAGAUUGGGACCGCCUUGUUCAUGAGCACCCUUGGCUGUUGACGGAGCGUCUUGUGGUGAAACCAGAUCAGCUAAUAAAGCGUCGUGGGAAGUUGGGACUGAUAGGCGUUAACCUAGACCUUCAGGGAGUGAAGGAGUGGUUGAAACCUCGCCUUGGAAAAGAAACAUUUGUAGCGAAAGCAAAAGGCAUUCUCAGAAACUUCCUGGUUGAACCAUUUGUGCCUCAUAAACAGGAUGAAGAAGUUUAUGUGUGUAUCUAUGCAGCUCGUGAAGGAGAUUAUGUUCUCUUCCACCACGAAGGAGGGGUAGAUGUUGGUGAUGUUGAUGCUAAAGCUCAGAAGUUUUUGGUUAAAGUGGAUGAAAAGUUGUGUGAAGAUGAUGUGAAAACUCACCUUUUGGGACAGGUGCAUAAUCAAAAAAAGGAUAUCCUGGCCAGUUUUAUUGUUGGACUCUUCCGACUGUAUGAAGAUUUAUACUUCACAUAUUUGGAGAUAAAUCCAUUAGUUAUCAGUCAGAAUGGAGUCUUUGUCCUUGAUAUGGCUGCAAAGAUUGAUGCUACAGCAGACUACAUUUGUAAAGUCAAGUGGGGAGAUGUCGAGUUCCCUCCCCCUUUUGGCAGAGAAGCAUAUCCUGAAGAAGCUUACAUUGCUGACCUUGAUGCAAAGAGUGGAGCUAGCUUGAAACUGACCAUCUUGAACCCAAAGGGUAGGAUCUGGACAAUGGUGGCUGGAGGCGGAGCUUCUGUUGUCUACAGUGAUACCAUCUGUGACCUAGGUGGUGUGGAUGAACUGGCCAAUUAUGGAGAAUACUCUGGUGCACCUAGUGAACAACAGACUUAUGAUUAUGCAAAGACUAUUCUUUCACUCAUGACAAAGGAAAAACAUCCAGAUGGAAAAAUACUAAUUAUUGGAGGAAGCAUAGCUAAUUUCACAAAUGUAGCUGCAACUUUCAAGGGAAUUGUGAGAGCUAUCAAAGACUAUCAGGUCCCACUUAAGGAGCAUGAAGUUACAAUUUUUGUCCGAAGAGGAGGCCCCAAUUAUCAAGAGGGUCUUCGUGUCAUGGGCGAAGUUGGCAAGACCACUGGUAUUCCAAUCCAUGUCUUUGGAACAGAGACCCACAUGACUGCUAUUGUUGGCAUGGCACUUGGACACCGACCAAUUCCUAACCAGCCUCCUACUGCAGCACACACUGCCAAUUUUUUGCUCAAUGCUAGUGGCAGUACUUCUACUCCUGCUACAAGCAGAACAACUUCCUUCUCUGAAUCUCGAAACCAUGAAGAUUCAACUCCAGCCAAGAAGUCAAAACCAGCAGCUCCUCCAGAUGUAUUACCUGCUACAGAAAAAGUUGGAGCCAAGUCUACUGUGCUUUUCACCCACCAUACUAAGUCAAUAGUGUGGGGAAUGCAGACGAGAGCAGUGCAAGGCAUGCUGGACUUUGAUUAUGUCUGUUCUAGAGAGCAGCCCUCUGUGGCUGCUAUGGUCUAUCCAUUUACGGGAGACCACAAACAAAAGUUCUACUGGGGGCACAAGGAAAUUCUUAUCCCUGUAUUUAAAAAUAUGGCUGAUGCUAUGAAGAAGCAUCCGGAGGUGGAUGUUCUGAUAAGUUUUGCCUCUCUGAGAUCUGCAUAUGAUAGUACCAUUGAAACAAUGCAGUUUCCACAGAUCCGCACGAUUGCUAUCAUAGCUGAAGGUAUUCCAGAAGCUCUGACUAGAAGGCUUAUCAAGAUGGCAGAUGAGAAAGGCGUCACCAUCAUUGGACCAGCAACUGUGGGUGGAAUAAAGCCAGGUUGUUUCAAAAUUGGAAACACUGGUGGGAUGUUGGAUAACAUAUUGGCAUCAAAGCUGUAUCGCCCAGGAAGUGUUGCCUAUGUAUCCCGUUCUGGUGGCAUGUCAAAUGAGCUAAACAACAUUAUUUCACGAACCACUGAUGGAGUCUUUGAAGGUGUAGCAAUUGGAGGAGACAGGUACCCUGGUUCAACAUUCAUGGAUCACAUUUUACGGUAUCAGGAUACUGAAGGUGUAAAAAUGAUAGUUGUGCUUGGCGAGGUUGGUGGAACAGAAGAGUACAAAAUUUGUAGCGGCAUUAGAGAAGGAAGAAUUACCAAGCCCGUUGUGUGUUGGUGUAUUGGUACAUGCGCUACCAUGUUCUCAUCAGAGGUCCAGUUUGGUCAUGCUGGUGCAUGUGCUAAUCAGGCUUCAGAGACUGCUGUAGCAAAAAACCAAGCACUUCAGGAGGCUGGAGUCUUUGUACCAAGGAGUUUUGACGAACUAGGGGAUGUCAUUAAGUCAGUAUAUGAUGACCUUGUCACUCAGGGUGUGAUUGUACCUGCUCAGGAAGUUCCUCCUCCUACAGUUCCUAUGGAUUAUUCUUGGGCCCGGGAGCUGGGACUAAUCCGCAAGCCAGCAUCUUUCAUGACCAGCAUUUGUGAUGAGAGAGGGCAGGAACUCAUCUAUGCAGGAAUCUCCAUUACAGAAGUCUUUAAGGAGGACAUGGGGAUUGGAGGUGUUCUGGGACUGCUUUGGUUUCAAAGAAGAUUACCAAAGUACGCUUCUCAUUUCAUCGAGAUGUGCUUGAUGGUUACAGCAGACCAUGGUCCAGCUGUUUCUGGGGCUCAUAAUACCAUUGUUUGUGCCAGAGCAGGAAAGGAUCUUGUCUCUAGUCUCACUUCUGGUCUUCUUACAAUAGGAGAUCGGUUUGGAGGUGCUUUGGAUGCAGCAGCUAAAAUGUUCAGCCAUGCAUUUGACAGUGGACUCAUUCCUAUGGAGUUUGUAAACAAAAUGAAAAAGGAAGGGAAACUAAUUAUGGGAAUUGGACAUCGUGUGAAAUCUAUAAAUAACCCAGAUAUGAGGGUACAGAUUCUGAAGGACUACGUAAAACAGCAUUUCCCAGCAACCCCUCUUCUUGAUUAUGCACUACAAGUAGAAAAAAUCACUACCUCUAAGAAACCAAAUCUUAUCCUGAACGUUGAUGGCUUUAUUGGAGUAGCAUUUGUUGAUCUGCUGCGGAACUGUGGAUCUUUCACACGGGAAGAAGCUGAUGAGUACAUUGAUAUUGGAGCUCUCAAUGGUAUUUUUGUUCUUGGAAGAAGUAUGGGUUUUAUUGGACACUAUCUGGAUCAAAAGAGACUGAAGCAAGGACUCUACCGUCACCCAUGGGAUGAUAUUUCUUACGUUCUGCCUGAACAUAUGUCCAUGUAAUUCCAAAUGUCAUGUGCAGCGUGAAGGCAGUUUUAUUAAUGGUUGCCAUUCUAGCCACCAUGAAAUCUUUUCAUAAGGAAACUGGCCAUCUUAAAAAGGACUGUGUUACAGAGACUGUGCAAUUAUAAAUGCUAAAAUAUUUAAAACUGUAAAAGGCAGAAACAUGACCAUAAGCAAACAGCUUUACAUGUGAUGUUUUAUAUAUGAAGUGUUUUGUGUUCUGUGUUAAGUGAAGUCUUGUUUCCUUCAUUAGUCUAUUCUGCAUUGGAAUUCUGUAAAACCUGUUGUGUGCAGUUCAGAUUGUGUAGAACUUAAAUCCAGCCCCAGAAUUCUAAAGAAAAUCCAUUGAAUAGACUUGCUGGUAAGUCCACAUUCUGUUGCAUUCAUCUUGAAGUCCUCAUACUCACCAGCUUACUUAAAAUCCCUUUAUUUAUGCAUAUAAUUUUAUGUUGUGUAUUUACACAGUAUUUAUUCAUGAAAACUGUUUUGUGCAGUUCUUUUUAGCAAUGCCACUGUAUGUUACUGUAUGGAUGGGUGCCCAUUUUACAGAUAGGACACAGUUUUUUGCAUUCUGUAAUGCAGUAUUUAGCAUUAUGACAGCUUAAAUGUGCACUUUGCCAAAUUGUAGUUCCGUACAGCAGCAUUUUAUUUGAAGGGACCACUAGUGGUAGAGCUGUCACUCCAGAUUUUGUUUCUUGUCUAGUUAAAUUUUCAUUUUAAAUGUGGCCAUCAACUGUGAGAUGCCCUGAGACUUGUUUGCUUUGCAUCACAGAUGUCUGUCACCUUAGCUCAGUGCUGCUAACAGCACUUAGCCAUUCUCUUGUGACAGACAUUUGUAGUCUGAAUGUAGCCAUCUUUCUAAAUGUAAGACUUAAAGUAGACGUGUUUCAGAGCUAUCAGAAAUCUAUAUAUUAUGUAGUUUUAACUUGAAUAAAAAUGUUGUUAUUUUA